CGCACCGGGCGAGCCGGAAGGAGAGUCCCGCAGCGGGCGUUCGCACGGACGGAAGUGUCUGAGCCUGGGGAGUCCGCGUUGGUCCCUGGCUUCACAAUUGUCCAAGGUUAGGCUAUGCCAGCUUUCGAAAGGGAGGGUUGUGGUUUGCAGAAGAUGUUUAGGUAAUAAUCUUCAGUAUUCAAGAUGUCUUCAGCACCUGAUCCUCCAACAGUUAAAAAAGAACCAUUAAAAGAGAGAAACGUUGAAAACCCAGGCCUCCGAGGGACUCACACAACCACCUUAUUUCGAGCUGUGAACCCUGAGCUCUUCAUUAAACCUAACAAACCUGUGAUGGCUUUUGGAUUGGUAGCCCUUUCACUUUGUGUGGCUUACAUUGGUUAUCUGCACGCAACGCAAGAGAACAAAAAGGACCUCUAUGAAGCCAUCGAUAGUGAAGGGCAUCGGUACAUGAGGAGAAAAACAUCCAAGUGGGACUAACUGCUGCCUCCUUCAGAUGGACUGUUGUUACAGGCUUCGACACCUUUAAAGGAAAGACUAUUAGUGCAUGGAAUUGUUUCUUGUUCCAUAAUAUGUUAACAAGGGAGAAUAUACAGUUGAAAGCAAGCCACUGUGGUGAGUUUAGUCUCUUAUAGCUGAAGGUAUUAAAUUCUGUAUAAUAAAAGUACCCAGUACUGUUACAUUUGCA